AUGGCCGAAACGCAAACCGGAAAGCGCGUGAAGUACCUUCAAAGCGACAAUGGGGGUGAAUACAAGUCCGACAAGCUGGCACGAUUCUGCGCGGAACGGGGAAUACAACAAAGGUUCACACCCCCAUAUACUCCUCAGCUAAACGGAGUAGCUGAGAGAAUGAAUCGCACGCUGGUCGAGUGUGCGCGUUGCAUGAUGGAACACGCUGGACUGGGAAAGAGCUACUGGGGUGAAGCAGUGAUGACGGCGAUGUUUCUUCGAAACCGCUGUCCAACACGUGCCAUUCACCAAGACAAGUCUCCAUAUCAAGUGUGGACGGUGAAGAAACCGAUUCUGGCCAACCUUAAAGUGUUUGGAUGCCACGCGUAUGUUCAAGUGCCUCAAGACAAACGCGCGAAGUUCGACUCCAAGUCAUCACUCUGUCGUUUCCUGGGAUACGCCGAACACCAGAAGUCAUAUCGAUUUGAGGAAGUGUCAACAGGAGCGAUCAAGAUCAGUCGCGAUGCCACAUUCAUGGAAGACAAGUUUGAUGAAGGUCCGCGCAACUACAACGAUGAGUCAAGUGUCGUUGAGUUUGAUGAUCAUGAUGAGGACGAAGAAAAAAAAAGAAGGUAA